GGGAAAUGCAAUGGCGGAUUUGUUGAUUUCUGAACAAUAAUCUUAUAAACACGUUCGUGUGUGGGGGCUAAAAAAGCAUCUGGAAUUAUACGAGAACACCAUGGAUGACUUCUUUGAGGAAGAAUUUGCCGAUGAACUUGACGCACUCGAAGAUCAAGACGAUGAUCCAGGUGACCCACUGGCUCCAAAGUCGAAGAAGACGCUUCAGUUCACGACACCCAAACCAAAGAGCAAGCACCCUCACCCAGGCGGGUGUUUAGUCAGCCCCACUCCUCUCACCCCACUCGAAAGCCCGUUGUCAGCCAGGAACGGACACAUCAAAGAGAAAAGACCAAGAGAUGACAGCUUCACUUGUCUGUCAGACAGUGAUGAGGACAUGUGUGACAGUCUCCCCAAAAUAGGUCCGAGAGCUAAACGGGCACGGACAGAGCCAGGAGAACCUCGGAGCCCCACCCCCCCUCCCGACUUGGAUCCCAAGAAGCGGCCCCGGGAAGCAGCACAGAGAUACAGUCUAGCACACAGGAAUAUCGCUGAUAUUGACAUUGACGACUUUGGUGCUGACCUUAUUGAUGACUACGAGUUGGAGCGUCCCCGAGUGUUGUCCCGCAUCCCCAGCGACGGCUGCAGCUACAUCAGUGUCACCAACAUGGAAGGUCGGAGGGCGUACAUGAAGCUGAGGGAUAAGCUGGAGCUGGAGCGGGAGUUUGACAGUGUAGGGAAGGACUUGAAAGCCACACAACUGCUGACAAUUCCUGUCUCUGUGCUUCGGUAUCAGGCAGAGGAGGAGAGGAGGCAGAAGGUAAUAGAGGAGGCUGAGAGAAUAUCCCAACAAAUAAAUAGGGAGAUCAGUGAUGAUUUGUCCACACUGGAUGAAGCGGAGGAUAAGGAGAAUCAAGAACCUGACAAGGCCGAGCCCCAGCGUAACUUGUGGGUGGAGAAAUAUGCCCCUCGGCGCUACACGGAGCUUCUCAGUGAGGAGACGUUGAACCGCACGCUGCUGCACUGGCUGAAGCUAUGGGACUUUGUGGUGUUCGGGAGAGAUCUGCCAGUCAAGAAGGACAAGAAGGAGAAGAAGAAGCAGGAGUUUAAGAAGUGGAAGCAACCAGAGGUCCUUGAGGAGCUCGACAAGUUCCACAGACCUCAGCAGAAGGUUACACUGCUGUGUGGGCCACCGGGCCUGGGGAAGACCACGCUGGCGCACAUCGUUGCAAGGCAUGCUGGCUACAAUGUGGUAGAAAUGAAUGCCAGUGAUGAUCGAAGUGCUGAUGUCUUCCGGAACAAGCUUGAGGCAGCGACACAGAUGAAGGCGGUACUCGGUGCCGAUCCCCGUCCCAACUGUCUGGUCAUAGAUGAGAUUGAUGGAGCUCCACAGGCAGCAAUCAACAUUUUGCUAAACCUUGUAAAGCGGACAGACCAGAGUACCACCAAGAAGAAGAACGAGGGCGGAAUUCUGUACCGGCCCAUCAUUUGUAUAUGUAAUGAUCAGUAUGUUCCCGCCCUGCGUCAGCUGCGUCCCCUUGCGAUGAUUCUGCACUUCCCACCAACCGAGCCGACACGGCUAGCAAGCCGACUGUAUGAGAUUGUCCGGGAGGAGAGGAUCAAGGCGGAGAUGAAUGCUCUGCUGGCUCUGUGUGAGAAGUCGGAGAAUGACAUCAGGUCCUGUCUCAAUACACUGCAGUUUGUUCGGCAAAAGAGACAAGACUUUAACUUACGAGUUGUCCAGAGCAUGACGGUGGGGCAGAAGGACUCUCACAAGAGUUUGUUCUCUCUGUGGUACCAGAUCUUCUCCAUGCCCCGAGCCAAGAAGAACAAGUUUGUGAAUAUCCAUGACUUGAAGAAUGGUCAGCAGGCACAGAAGAUGGGAACUGUCACAGCUCCUGCAAACAGAUUCCACACAGUGUUGCUGGCAGCACAGGCUGCUGGGGAGUACGAGAAGGUGACCCAGGGCGUGUUUGAGAACUACCUCGAGGCCAAGUGUAAAGAUCCCAAGCUGGACGCUUUAAACAGUGCCAACGACUGGCUGGUGUUCGUGGACUGUGUCAACAAGUACACCAUGCACAAGCAGGACUACAGCCUCAUGAAGUAUGUGCCCUUCACCUUCGUCAACUUCCACCUGCUCUACGCCUCCUACCAGCCCCCCAAGAUACAGUACCCAUCCAGCAACUACGAGCACAUUACCCGACUCUCCAAGACCACCAACCUGGUCACGUGCAUGUUCGCUGACAUGUCCCCCACUGUGAAGAAGUUCAUCAACACCAAGAAUGCAGUUCUCGACAUGCUGCACCCCAUGCUGCAAAUCAUGCAGCCCACCCUUAGACCCGUGAAUACUCAGCUGUACAGCAAGCGAGAGAAGGAGGAGCUAUCUAACCUGGUGCGGAUCAUGAUCGCCUACAACAUGACGUACCACCAGGAGAAGUCUCCAGAGGGGCAGUACAGCUACGUGCUGGAUCCGAAUGUUGAAGAAAUUGUGAAAUUUCCCGGAAUGAAACAACAGCGGCAGUUGACCUACGCAGCCAAACAGCUGAUAGCCAGAGAGAUAGAGCUGGAGAGGAUGAGAAUGAGUGAGGUAAAGCUGGCGGUUAGGAACACCGGUUCUGCUCCGGACUUAGAGCCAAUCAAGGACAACAUCCCAGCUGUACCCAACCACAAGAGAAAGCUGGAAGCUAAACCCCUCCUUGAGGAUAAGCCUAUGAAAAAUUUCUUUGGCAACUUCACAAAAACAAAAAGAUCCUCUACUACUGUCAGCGCCGAAACGAAGAAGUCCCCAGAGGGAGCUAAAAACAAGAAGGACGUGCUGGCCACAGAUAUCUGGUUCCAUUUCAAGGAAGGAUUUUCCAACGCUGUCCGAAGAACAGUCCGUGUCCAGGACUUCUUGUGAGACACAGCGCCAGCUUAACAUUCAGCUGAACUUGAUGUGCACAGGUAGCAUCGUGUAUACACUGAUGAAGGAGAACUCGUGGACUGGAUGCCCUGGGGCGGUGUAUGGACCUGGUACAUCACCAUGUCUGUGAUGGUGAUGUAUUACAUUGUUCAAUGUAUAAACAUCCCCAUGUCUGUG